GGACUGAACUUGCAAUGCCUAUUGAGGCUGCUGAAAAAAAACCUAAAAAAGAUUUUUCUGAAGCAAUGUUGGCAGAGGCAGGGUGGUUAAGAAAGGAGAAAAUUCAAAGAAUGGUAAUGAGUUUGCAGAAGCUCACUCUUUGA